CUUAUCGGUAGGUACCACACGAGAGAAGACACCCACCCAGUAGACCCAGCCGGUCAGUCAGUCAGUCAGCCAGCCAGCCAGAAAGCAAAUCACAGCCCAGCUAAGGCAGCCAGCCCAUAAGUAUACACACACCAUCCUACCUAUCCUAAGUAGGUGGAGUGAACAUUGCAUCGGGGGCAGGUGGAUGAGGUGGGGUGGGGUGUGGGUGUGAGUGUGUCCAUCCUAGUUGCCCUAGCCGUCCCUAGCCGUCCCUAGUCGUGCAGCACAGCAUCAGCAUCCAUCCAUCCUGUGGGGUGGGGUGAGGAGGGUCACUCAUGCAACAAGGGGGAGGGCUUCGGAAUGCAGCAGACCACCCACACACAUGGCACGGAAAACACAUACAUCCGAUUGAAAGCCACAGACAGACAGCCGUCCGACUUUCUUUCUUUCUGGCUUGGCUGACCUCCGAAGAAAGAGACAGCGGCCUGGAUGAGUAUGAUGACGACCCUCCAGCAGCGCUGCCGCCACACGCCGCCCACCUCGUCCUUCCUCAAGUGGCACUCAACCCUCCCAGCGCUGCCGGGCGCGACGCUCGAGUGGCCAGGAACCUGACGGCCAGACGCGAGACCAACACUGCAACGAAGAAGGCGCAAUGGAGUUUUGCACCUUAUAUGGGUGAUCUGCGCGACGAUUGUCGUCGGCGUAUGACGAAUUCUCCACCACCGUGGCCCGGCCAGCAGCAGCGCCACCAUCGGCGCAUCCACCUUCCCCCUGAUCAUCGUGUUCAUUGCCGCCUUGCAGAGCCUUCCUCAGGUCGCGUUCGGUGGCUGGUGGCCUAUAGUCAUCCUGUGUGGGUGCGCGGCGCUGCUGAGCAGCGAUUUUGUCCUGGAUGUCCUCGAAGACCGAUGACGUCUGGAGGUAGUCCAGGAAGAGGCAGGGGAUCAGGAUGUUGGCCACCACCAGCAACACCUGAGCCAGCUUGCUCGGCAACAUGUACGAAAGGAGGAAGGGGAAAGGAGGAAGGGCCAAAGGGCC